AUGGGUCAGGCAGGCAGGUAUCUACGUGCGGUUGCCGAUGUGUCGGCCCAAACCUCCCUAGGCCUUGAACGCAGUGGUACUGAUCAAAGCUUGCAAGACUUUGGCUUGGAAGCAAUCUUCAGGAGACAGGAGGAAGAAGAUGCCCAGUGGAAUCGCUGGCGAAACUGGCGUGAUUCUCAUGAUGCGGGUGCUGAACCCGCAGCUGAAGCCUCAGCUGAUGCUGAUGCUACUGAGACUGGUGAGCGACCUGAUGCAGCGACAGAUGGCUAUCAGCGCGUGCCUCUAGUUUCUGAACCGGAUCUCAGUCCUCAGUCGAAUGUGGCUCCAGAGCAUGGGAUGAACUCUGCUGACUCAUUUGUGCUUGAUGUUCUGCGAGGAUGGCGCUUGUUACAGGCAGCCACUUUGUCCCGUGAUGAGUUUCGUGAUGUUCUUUCUGCAACCAACAACAAGUUGGAUUUUGAUUCAAUUUCAGGUGCAUUGCAAGUGCUUUGGGAUGAUCAGUUGAUUCAACAUCCUCGACAUGCCCCUUCACAGUUUAAUGCACAUUGGUUGGAAGAACUGGAAGAUCCGCAGAUCAAAGAGGCGUAUCAGUCAGAACGCGUGGCAGAAGCUCUAGCCUCUGAAGCGAGUCUCACAUGGAAAAAAGCCCAGGGUAAGUCCAAAGGUUUCAAUGAGGGCAAGAUGGGUAUUGCUGUUUAUGGUGAUCCCUACAUGGAACAGUUUCCCAUGGUGAAGGGCAAAGGCAAAGGCAAGGCAAAGUAUUCCAACUACAUGGCUCACGAGAUGUUUUGGGCUGGCAAAUCUAAGGGCAAAUCCUCAAAAGGGUCAUCAAGUUUUUCGUUUCGUCCUCCUGGUCCGAGCGGUGUCAAUGCUUAUGGCAUGGAGCUCUAUCCCAUUGAGUUCAUGGAAACCCCUGAGUACCAUGAGCCCCUGGAUGUGACCCUGACAGCCACUUGGUCUCCACCGCCUUCGGCAUCCCAGGCCAUCAAGUCCUUCGAGGGCAUGGUCGACAGCGGUGCCACAGCCUCUGCUGGUCCCGUGGCCAGCAUUCACAGGGUUUUUGAGUGUUUGCGCCAAGUUGAUCCAGAAGCAACAUUGACUGUUGACCCAACUUUGAAAGCCCGUUUUCGGUAUGGUUCAGGGAAGUGGGGACAAGCCUUGUGUCAAGGCGUCAAUGGUGUGGGCUUGGUUCUUGAUUUCGUGGAUGGAUACUCUUGGAUGUCCAACGUGGCUGUGGAGAAGAUCGAGAGCGACGAGCGCUACUACCAGAUGGUGCUGGGUGCUCCAGAGAUGACCACAGUUCCGAAAUCUCCCACACGCCACCAGUUGUUCACACCUCCGAGGAGAUCAAUGCACAAUUCCGAGGAGGAGCAGAUCCCAGGUCCCCAGCAGCUCAUGUCGAGCCCAAGCUGGCAACAUGUGACUCCACCAAAGGCCCGAGCCAAGUCACCCACGGUGUCUCAGAUGAGUGUGGCAUCAGUUCCAGUGGUGACACCUCAGGAUCUCCUGAGCCAGCUCUCAGCCGAGGUGGGCAAGGCGGCGGUGAAGGUGCUCCAAUUGAUGAUGCUUGGCCUCUUCACCAACUUCCACGACCUUGUGGUGGAGCCUCAUCAGGUUGAUGUUUGGGAGAUUUGCUGCUCACCUCAGUCUUGGAUUUCUGAGGCAUGUACCCAAGAAGGUUUGAAAUGUCAGCGGAUCAAUCUGGCCAAUGGGUUCGAUUUGAACCGUCCUCACACUUUUGAAUCCAUGACCGAGCUCUACAAGAUUCAGCGUCCGAAGAGGCUCUGGAUUUCUAUGCGGUGCACGUUGUGGUGUGCUUGGACCUCCCUCAACUAUAACACUCCGGAGCGGGUGGAACUUUUGGAAUCCAAGCGGCGCAAAGAGCGUAAAGUGUUGAGGAACCUCAAGAGAUGGCUGGAGCGCAAUGUCAUUGAUGAUCAUACUGUACAUGUUUUUUGGGAAUGGCCUGCCAAUUGCCAAGGAUGGUAUGAACAGGUUCUCCUUGAUCUACAAGACGCACUGUGGCGACUUGAUCGCGACUGGCUUCCCUGCCGAAUUGAUGGUUGUCGGUAUGGGUUGACUAGUGGCCGUCCAGGUCAUGAACACGAACCUCUACUCAAGCGUUGGUUGGUCAAAACUACAUGUGCUCGUUUUCAUGCUCUUUACAAGGCCAAGACGUGUGUUGGUAAUCAUCAACAUCUCCAGAUCGAGAGCUCUGAUACAGCUCGUUCCAGCUACUAUCCCUGGAAGAUGGUUGUUGCGAUUGCCAAGACUUGGAAAUCUCAACUUGUACCAGAACGUUGGCAAUCCAUCCUGUUCCUGACCGUGGGCUCCAACGUCCCCAAUUCGACUUUUGAACAGCAACUGUGGGAGAUGAAUCCAGCCGAGAUGGCUGAUGACAUCGCUGAAGUUCCCCCUGAUGAGGGGUACUCACCCACAUCGCUUGCUCCUGAAGAUGCACCAGCGAUUCCGGCCGAUUUGGCUGAUGAUGAUGGACAAAUGGUCCUACCUCCUGCUCAAGAUGAACGCUCUGGUGGAGAUCUUCGGCCUCAAUCCAUGCAGAGCUCUAAGGCAAGUAAUCCCUCUCAAAUGGCUUCGUCACGCUGGCAACAAGAUGGCCAUGGUCGGUGGUCGAAGCAUGAAGCUGAUGGCAAAAUCAUCCCAUCCACGAAGCAGCUUGCCGAGUGGAAUGUCAAGCUUCAAAAGUUUCACAAGGCCUCACAAAGAAAAGUGGCAGAUUGA